AUUUCUGCUCUGUUGUUUGUCCAUUCUAUGUCCAACUUACUCCUUUCAAGUCAAACCAAGCUCGUUGCUUGUAUAACUGUACUUUGGUUACUACUCUUCCAUUCUUCUAAUGCCAAACAUUGGAAAGACUCAUUAGAAAGAUGGAUACCAAAAGAAAUAGAGAGAUCAUUCCAAGGGAUAUUUUACAAUAUUGAUCCACCUGGAGGUAUUCCUGGUUCAGUUACAGCGGCAGAUUCUCAUUACCAACCUGAUUAUUAUUACAACUGGAUUAGAGAUGCUGCUAUAACAAUGGAUGUCGUAGUUACUCUCUAUGAAACAGCAACUGAACCUUCACAAGUAAAAAAAUUGGAAGAUAUCCUUAAAAGUUAUGUGCAUUACAACUAUAUCAUUCAAAGGACUCCUAAUCCAACUGGAAAUUUAACAACUGGUGGUUUAGGUGCUGCACAUUAUCUUCUCAAUGGUUCCGCUUUCACUGGAUCAUGGUGUAGUGUAGAGAACGAUGGACCGGCAUUACGUGCUGUUGCAGUUAUGCGAUUUGCCAAUGAAUACUUACGUAGACAUGGUGACUUGUCCUAUGUCAAGAAAUGGAUCUUCAAUAAUGAAACGCAUCCUCCAACUACAGUUACUCGUGCAGAUUUAGACUAUAUUGCCAGAGUAUGGCCCGAUCCAUGCUGUGGCCCUUGGGAAACCUUCUUUGUUGUUCAUUUUUGGGAUCAGUUGUUGAUUCGCAAAGCUCUAUUACAAGGAGCAAAAUUCGCAAAAAUGCUUGGCUAUAUGGAUGCUUCGUCCUAUUAUUCAAAACAAGCAAAGGAGUUGACAAGUAAUAUGAGCAAAUUCAUUUCUCAAGUUCAUGGCGUUGUUCUUGAGUCUAUAGACGCUCCUCGAGAUACCAUUCAUGAGACUUUUAUCGAUACUUCGACUAUACUUGCAGUACUUUAUGGAUACAACGAUGAUGGUUUCUAUGCUCCUGAUGAUCCAUAUGUGAUGAAUACAGCCAAUUUGUUAAGACUCAUUUACAAAGAUUUGUUUCCGGUCAAUCGUCGUAGAUCACAAGAUGAAGGUGUCCUAUUUGGAAGAUUUCCAAACGGUAAGAAGAAAAUCCAAAGCAAUGGAAUAUACUUGGCUAAUAUUCUGUUAGACAACUAUGAUGGUAUUGCCACUGGAGAUGGAGUCAAAGGCAAUCCUUGGUUCCUAUGUACGUUAGGAAUGGCAAGAUACUAUUUUGAGCUAGCAAAACGCUUCUCAGAAUAUACAACAUUGACGAUUCACUCCCGAUGGAUGCUGCCUCUAUUGGCUCACCUGAGUUCCUACUCUUCCAAUCCUACACCAACAAUCCUCGGAGAAGCACCACCAGAAAAACACUUCCAAGUUGGAGAAACUCUUCAAAAAGCACAGCUCUGUCAGAUUGCUCAAGCUUUGCUCACCGAAGCCGAUAAAAUUGUUUAUGCUGUUUACCGUCACGUUCCUGAGACAGGUAUGCUCACCGAAGAAAUCAACCGUUUUACUGGCUUUGAACAAGGAGCCAAAAACCUCACUUGGAGUUAUGACUCUUUUGUUACUGCGAUUUGGAGCAGAAAUCAUUCCUUACAAACUUUCCAUAGCAAUUGUGCCUUUUAAGUAUUUUGUGUUUUCGAAAGAAUAAAAAUCGGAAAUGGAAA